AUGUCGUCAAACUCGACAACCGCCAAGGUCGCACAGGCUGGGAUUUUAAGUGGCAAGAACCCGGCCACGUAUGAUUCCAGUAACCCAAUUUUGAUCUUCAUUAUCCAGGCUGGCAUCAUUAUCAUCUUCUGCUGGCUGCUGCACUGGCCGCUUUCCAAAAUCCGCCAACCCCGCGUUAUCGCAGAAGUCCUUGGAGGCAUUCUUCUUGGCCCGUCCGUGCUUGGCCACAUACCCAAUUUCACCAAUACCAUUUUCCCGUCGCAGUCAAUUCCAACCUUGAAUGCGGUCGCCAAUCUGGGACUGGUGUUCUUCCUGUUUCUUGUCGGUCUGGAAACCGAUGUGAGGUUUUUGGUUAGUAACUGGCGGAUCGCCGCCAGUGUGUCGCUCCUAGGAAUGGUGUUGCCGUUUGGAUUGGGAUGCGCAAUCGCUUAUGGUUUGUACAAUGAAUUCAGCAGUGAUCCGGGCACGGUGUCUGUCGAGUUUAGAACCUUUCUGCUCUUUAUCGGCGUGGCUAUGGCCAUUACAGCUUUCCCAGUCCUCUGCCGCAUUUUAACCGAAUUGAAAUUGCUCAGCACCAAUGUCGGCGUGAUUGUCCUAUCAGCAGGCGUUGGAAAUGAUGUAAUCGGCUGGAUUUUGCUUGCCCUUUGUAUAGCCCUUGUUAAUGCCGGUAGCGGUAUUACGGCGCUGUACGUAUUGCUCGUUGCUGUCGGCUAUAUAUUGUUUCUCUUCUUCAUUGUGCGACCUAUUUUCGUACGGUAUUUGCGAAAAACUGGCAGUCUCGAGAAAGGGCCGAGCCAGUCAGCAGUUACAGUCACGCUGUUGCUGGUGUUGGCUUCUGCCUUCUUUACCCAGGCCAUUGGUAUCCAUGCCAUUUUUGGUGGAUUUAUUAUCGGCCUGAUCUGUCCACACGAGAAAGGAUUCGCCAUCAAGUUGACAGAAAAGAUUGAGGAUCUGGUGGCUGCCGUCUUCCUUCCAUUAUAUUUUGCGCUUUCCGGUCUGCAAACAAAUUUGGGUCUUUUGGACUCGGGCCUUGUAUGGGGUUAUGUCGUGGGAAUUAUUGCCAUCGCCUUCUUUGCAAAAGUAAUUGGUGGAACGGUGGCUUCCAAAUUCACUGGUCUUCUGUGGCGGGAAAGCUUCACAGUUGGUGUGUUGAUGAGUUGCAAGGGUCUUGUUGAACUCAUUGUUUUGAACAUUGGCCGACAAGCCAAGAUUCUCAGCGAGCGUACGUUCACUAUGUUUGUCGUUAUGGCUUUGGUGACUACAUUCAUGACCACGCCGCUCACCAUAGCCCUGUAUCCUAAGUGGUAUCAAGACAAGGUCGCCCGCUGGAGACGAGGCGAAAUUGACUGGGAUGGCACCGUGCGAGAUCAAACUACAGCAGAUUCUUCUAACGGCGCUUUUGAGAAGCCAACGACGAAGCCAAUUGAACGAAUGACUGUCUACCUUCGUUUGGAUAGUGUGGCUAACGUUUGUACUUUUAUUGGACUUCUCGGUACCGACGGCAAACCGGCUGAGACUGCUCCACGCGAACAUUAUUCCAAGCGUGUUUCAACAGACACUGCGGGAGAACCCUCGGUCGAGAAUCAGCCUGUAGAUGGCGCUGAGAAAAAGCCACUUUUGCAUGCUCAUGGAAUUCGUCUUAUGGAACUCACGGAUCGUUUAUCUAGUACCAUGAAGGUCUCUGAGAUUGAAGAGUAUUCUGCCUGGGACCCAGUUGUAAAUGUUUUCCUAUCAUUCGGCCAGAUCAACAACAUCCCUUCAGAGGGACGUGUCUCGGUUAUCCCUGAGACUUCCUUUGCGGACGCAGUACUCGACAUGGCUCGUGAUACAAGCUCAAACUUCCUCUUGCUGCCAUGGAGUGCGAGCGGCCGUAUAAUGGAUCGUCAAAGCGUGUGGUCCUCGGAAAGCGCAUCAGACAAUACAGACGCACCGUAUCCAUCAUUUGUGUCGGAUGUCUUGCGUGGAGUCAGCUCUUUCUCAAACACUUCUGUUGGCAUUCUCGUUGAUCGAGCCUUGGAUAUGCCGAGCCAGGAACACCACACGCUUAAGCGAGCCACUAGUACAUCGUCACUACCUAACAUUCGGACCAAUCUUGCGUCUCUAACCGCCGGAAACCGUAACCGGCAUAUUCUGUUUUUGUUUAUCGGUGGUUCAGAUGAUCGCUUCGCUCUACGUCUCAUCCUUCAACUCGCGUGCAAUGAGUUGGUUACAGCAACGAUUCUACAUAUUGAUGUCCCAAAAGCCGGAACAGAGGCAAACGAGGCGGAAAACGACAAGACUUUCUUCGCCUCCAUGCGUGAUUCACUCUCCUCAGAGCUUUUGUCUCGCGUUGUGUUCAGCACAGUCGUUGCAACGGCUGCGAAUGCCGACACAGUCAAACUCGCAGUCGACGCCGCCGAUAAUGAAACCAGUCAAGCACGCGGCGAGACCAACCAAAUCAUCGUGGUGGGCCGUCGCAGUUUAGGCAGUAGUUCUUCGACUGAGUCAAGCGAUGGGCCUGAUGCACGCUCUGUAUUGGGUGUCGUAGGUGAUGCUCUGGUGCGCAAGCAGUCCAGGGCUAGUGUUUUGGUUGUGCAGGCGGCGGGGGCUUAUUAG